CACCGUGUGUCGUUUUCUCGCCGCGUGCGCGACGCAGACGCACGCACAGCGCUCCGAGAAUGGCGGCCGACGGAGGCAGUGCUCCUUCUUCAGCGCCGACGCUGCCGUGCUCUUUCUCGCCGGGAUCGCGGCACUAUCUCGCCGUGUGCGCGCAGGACGGGCGCCUGCGGAUCUGGAACUCCGACUCGCACGCGCUCCACCGGGAAUACGUGCCUUCCGCGCACCUCAGCGCCACUUGCACUUGCAUCGCCUGGGGACCAUGCCGAGCGACCAAGGAGGGGCCUCAGAGGAAGAAGAGGAAGUCGGAGGCGGGUCCGGCGUCGGCUCAGCAGUCAGAUCUGUUGGCUCUGGGCACGGCAGCCGGCACCGUCCUCAUCUACAGCACAGUGAAGGGAGAUCUCCAGUGCACUCUGGAUGGAGGACAUAGUGGAAGUGUGAACAGCGUCCAGUGGCACCCUGAAGAAUCUGUUCUGUACAGUGGCUCAGACGACACACACAUCGCAGAGUGGGACCUGAAGACGGGCAAAACACGCUGUAAAUGGAAAGCGGACAGAGCAGCGGUGACGAGUCUGUGUGUGAGUCCUGACGGGAAACUCCUGCUCUCUGCCGGAAUGACCAUCAAAAUGUGGGACCUGGAGACCAAGGAGGUGUACAGGAAGUUCACAGGUCACUCGACCACGGUAACGACCCUGUGCUUCGCCACGACCCGACCCCCGGACAGCGACGGCCUCUACUUCCUGUCUGGAGCGGCUCACGACAGACUGCUCAGUGUGUGGCAGGUACGCUCUGACGGCAAAGACAAGAACUCGGUGGUGUCGUUCACGCUGACAGACGAACCCCAACACAUCGACCUGCAAACAUCCAACAGCAAAGACGAGGCGGUGCGGUUAGCGGUGGUGUGUAAGGACGGGCAGCUGCAUCUCUUCGAGCACUUUCUCAACGGGCCGUGUAAGAAGCCCCUGUCCCCGGUGUGUUCAGUGCAGGUGUCGAGCGUCGGCUCUGGUGAAGGUGCCACCCCGAUGCCCGUCUCCCUGCUGGCUGCCGCUCUGUGUUCAGACAGACAGAGUGUCAUGCUGGCGUACGGGAGCCACUUACAACCCGUCAUAGAGAAAACACCCAUCAACACAUCAGAGAGGCACGUGUGUCUGAUCCGAGACGUGCACACGACGCUGUCACUUUCUGUCGACGCAGCCGUCACAAAGGUGAAGACGCCCAUCGUGAACGAACAGAAAAGCAAAGUUUUAAUACCAGGACUUCCUGGGCAUCAAGCGCCAAUCAAAGCCACUCCCAGCCAAUCAGAGAAGAGGAAGAAAGGAGUCGUUCCUACAGAGAUGUCGAUAGAGGAGCGGUUGGAGCAGAUUGAGCUGAGCACAUCAGGUGGUAAAGGAGAGAGUAAAGGAGCUUCGGCGUCGCUCCAGACGGACAGCUUCGCCGUUCUGCUCGUUCAGGGCCUCGAGAGCAAAGACGAGAAGAUCCUCAAUAAAAUCUUUCAAACAAAGAAGGAAGCCUUGAUUAAGAACACAGUGGCGCGGUUGCCUCCUCCGGCUGUCCUGCCUCUCGUGGAGGAACUGUCGAGAAGGCUGCAAGGACAUCCGUUCACGGCGAUUCUUAUCGUGCAGUGGCUGAAGGCCGUGUUGACGCAGCACACGUCAUACUUGUCAUCGCUCCCAGACCUGGUGUCUCAGUUGGGGGCGCUCUACCACAUGAUCGAGAGCCGAGUGAAGCUGUACCAGCAGCUGACGAGACUCCACGGCAAACUCUACCUGCUCAUGACGCAGGUGGCGACAAGCAACAGUUCCCACAAAGUAGCCGACCUGGACCGCAAAGCCAAACUGGUGUACGAGGAAGAGUCCUCAGACGAAGAUGAAGACUCUAGUGACGAGGGACGGCCUGAGGAAGACUCGGAUAGCUGGGAGGAGGAAGAAGAGGACGACAAGGAGGAAGGGAUGGAUGUAACGGAGGACAAAGAAAAUCAUGCGGAUGAGGAGGAUGAGAGCGAUGAAGAUGGGAAGGACAAGUCCAAAGCAAACGGCGAUUCAGACUUAGACCCUGAGAGCGAAGAGGAAUGAAACAAUGAAAAAAAUAGCUUGGAAAAUUUAUAUAUUAUACGUUUGUUUUAUUUUUUUUUUCUUCCUGUUUUCAUUUUAUUGUAAAAAAAAAAAUCACAAAAAGCCUGUUUUAUAGAGUUCCUACGUGUCAUGGACUGCGAGUGGUUGAGUCCCAGGACGGCCACCAGGGCGGCGACAUUCACGGGCUCGGAAGUGAACACAGCGGAAAUGUUUGUCUCAAAGCCAUUUUACUCGUUCUUCCUUUGACCCUUGACCCCAGACUGGCUGCUUUAUUCAUCCCUGUUUUUUUUUUUGGUUUUGUUUUUGUUUUUGUUUUUGUUGUUGUUGUAGUACCUAUGGUGAUGUGGUAGCAGUGUACCACACCUUUAGGAUUAAUGGUCCAGGCUUUGCUGGUGUAUUGCUUCCUUACAAACCAUUAUACAAAAUCUCACAGUUUCAAGGUUACAGUUCUAAAAAUACACCCCAAAAUGAGGAAUUUACUUUUCACUUUUUCCUCCAUUUUUGCUACAGUACCGAUAUCAGAGUUAACAGCAAUGCUGAUACAAUGCUGAAAUCCUUGUACUGGUUUUCUGUGAGCUUCUGCUGCUGAGUUAUGCAAAAAAAAAUAAUAAUCAUGACGUGAUGGUGAACUUGAGGACAAGUUGUGUCCAGUGUAUCACGUUUACAGCAUAAAGUACAUACCUGAUUGGAAUAUACAGCAAGUCCGUUAUCAGACUGAUGCAUCCCUGCUAUACAGGGAGUUUAUUAUUUUGUUCUUUUCUGUAGGGGAAAUCUUGGUGUCCCUUUUGCUUGAUUGUAUGUCCAUAAAUCAAGUUUAAUCAAGAAUGGGACGAAACAGGAUGUUCGAAUCUGCUCCUGAGCAAAUAAAUUUGAGCUAAAUUGGAUUUAACUGUAAAUUUCCACCCCAAAAACUUCUGAUACUGUGACCUUCUGUCUCUCACUGCAUUUUUAAGUGUGUAACGUUGCAACACAGACUGAUGACUGACCCUGACCCCCAGCUUUUUCAUGUUCUGUCCAUGAAUUUAGCCUUUGUUUCCCUGAACCACUCCUCAUUUCUUUAUUUUGACUUUUUUUUUUUUUCUCCUUCUCUGUCCUCAUCAGCCCUGCAGUGUUGUUGAAUCGUAUCCGCUUACUCUAAUGACGGUUUGAGAGUGGAGGACGAUGUGAAUGUUGCUCAAUUCGGUGAAUAAUAAAAGUCUCUGAGACCCGCGCUCAGAAAAGUUGGUUGCUUCGGGGGGAAAAAAACAAUUUGUCAAGCGUAACCUUUUUCAAUGCAAGCAGUAUAUAUCGACGACUGUUGUACAGUUGAAAUGAAAUAAAUUCCUUUUUGUUCUCAGAA